AUGCCUGUCCUUUGAAGGAUUCUGUUAUGUGCUGCAGUACAUAGAAGAGAUGACAGCCAGAGCCGCCUCAGAAUGCCUGACCUUAUAUAAGAGCAAACCCGUGAGCUCAGAAAAACUGGAGACCCUUAUAAGCACCUGUAAUCAAACCGGCAGCUUGGAGCGAGAAGACCUUGAGGUAUGUGAAGCACUUGUCCUUCAUCAGCUCCAGAGAUUAUUGCAAAGCACAAUGAAUGGGUGCCUUUUCCCAGAGGAAGCACUGAAUGACGGAAGUGAAAAACAAGUCAGGCCUGAAUUGUCAUCUCAUUUUGCAAUGACGUGGGAACGUUUAAAUGAGCAUGCCUUGUUCUUGAAAAAGCACAAUGUCUUACUCACACAAGAUGUGAAAGACAUCUUGGGUACCUUACUGAUCUUGGAGAGGAAUAAGCAGGAUUCCCUGGUUGCGCCAUUCUUGAAAGAGAACUUCCCAGACGAAUGUGAAGAUGAAUCAUCUCCUUGCAGCAACGUACCAUCUCACAGUUCACAGACAAACAAAAACAAAAUAAACCGUGAAAAACAUGCACAGUUGCCUGAUAGUAAUGAUGCAAGGGAACAUGAAGUCACAAACUGGAGUGAAGAUGAGAGCUUGGAAGGAAGCUCGGCGGAAAAGAUUCCUGUUUCAGGUUUAAAUAUGGAUGGCCGUAGCUUAAAGGAACAGAAAAGCAACGCAACCAGCUCAGCAGCUAGUUUUUCUUCUCGGGGAAAAAGAAGCCCUUUGUCAAGAGAUGAAAACGAAAAGGGGAAGGUAACCACGAUAAAAUCAAAAGCCUUUUGGGGUGAUUCUGAUGACAGCAAUUCCGAGAUUGAAGCAGCUCUGUGUCCUCAGGUGCACCGCUCACAAGAAGAUGACUUCAGUGACUUCUACGAUUGAGGGGCUAUAACAUCUGUGCAUGCAGGCGACAAACACUUCUCUGCUCAAAGUUGCUCCCCUAAUUGGCAUUCUCCCCCCAGUCGAGAAUUCCAAUUAUGUGUUUGCAAAUGGGUGUAAUGUGUAGUUUUGCCAUGAGAAACUUCAGAUUUGACUCUGCCUCUCACAGACAUGCUUGAAAGCCAGCACAAGGAAGUAAGCCUGGAGCAGGGAGAGUUUUAAGUGCUCCCUCCCUCCUUUCUUCUUGUUCUUACUUUCUUUGGAAAUGGCUUUUCUUGUUUAAAGAGGCGGCUGCCUAGAAUGCGUAACUUGGCCUUGACUUCGUCAGCAGUUUGGAUAGGAGAGUCAACAGUGCGAUUUCACAUGAUUGCACGCUCGUAUGUGCCCGGGCCCGCAUUUUUAUCAUCUACAGAACAUCAUCUUGCAGCGGACCUCUUGCUGUUCUGCCUCUUUUGCAAUAAAAACUUGCGCUUGGAAACCUG